ACCAUGCAACAACUCCAGAACCAGCACCCAGCCCCAGGCCAGUGCCACUCCAACACAGUGCCCCGUGGACUGGCGUCAGCAGAGGGGUUCAGUUCCAGAUUCUCAAGCCCCCGGAACAUGCUGAAGGUGAACAGAAAGUGGAGUUCCUCCAUCUCGCCCCUCUCUGACAACAACAUUGACCUUCACACCAUGAUCAGGACAUCACCUAACUCCCUGGUGGCCUUUAUCAAUAACUCUCACUGUGGCUCAACAACCAGUGGCUCGUACGGCCACUUAUCCGUCACAGGCAUCAGCCCAACAUGUGGAUUUCCUCAUCCUCCGACGCCGUCCUCCAAACACCAGCAGUUCCCCAUUCAGCCAAGAGGCCUGGCCACCACGUUUGGGAACAGCCAACCCUCAGUGUCCUGCAGCUCCCAGCAGCCCAUUGGAGUCACUCUUCUGACACGCUCACAACCGCACCAGCCUUCCAAGCCAUUCCAGGCCGAGUCAUCUGUCAGCAGCUCGCUGGAUCCUAUCAAUGCCAGGUACCUGGAAGAGCGAUCGGAAGGAGAUGUGUCCAGCCCUGCUUCUACAGGCACACAGGAUCAUUUGCUGGGAAGAGAUGAUGGAGACAAGGAUGAUGGGAAACAAGAGCCAGCCGUCUAUGAGACAAACUGUCACUGGGAAGGCUGCAGUAAAGAAUUCGAUGCUCAAGACCAGCUUGUGCAUCAUAUCAACAAUGAGCACAUUCACGGAGAGAGGAAGGAGUUUGUCUGCCACUGGCAAGAGUGUUCGAGGGAGCAGAGACCGUUUAAGGCCCAGUACAUGCUUGUGGUUCAUAUGAGGCGACACACAGGAGAGAAACCACAUAAAUGUACCUUUGAAAGUUGCAAUAAGGCUUACUCCAGACUAGAGAACUUGAAAACCCACCUGCGGUCUCACACUGGAGAGAAACCAUACAUCUGUGAGCAUGAAGGCUGCAAUAAGGCAUUCUCUAAUGCUUCAGACCGGGCCAAGCAUCAAAACAGGACCCAUUCCAACGAGAAACCGUAUAUCUGUAAGAUUCCGUACUGCACCAAACGAUACACUGACCCCAGCUCACUACGAAAACAUGUGAAGACUGUGCAUGGACCUGAGGCACACAUAACGAAAAAGCAGCGUGGGGACAUCAAUGUGAGACCGUCUGCAACACAAGAUGGAGCGAGAUCAUUGCCGGGACAGGAUGGAGAUGCUGCCCAUGAUGAAGGCAGCAAUGCUGCCAGUAAAGACUUUCUGCAGCACACGUUGAUGGUGCCCGACACAACCAUGACAUUCGAGGCCAGCCCUGGAGACCACUCGCCCAGCAGCAGUGAAAGCUCUCUGCCAGGAAGCGCCAACAACAAUGACAGUGGUGUGGAGAUGAACACCAAUGGUGGAGGCAGCUCCGAGGAUCUGACCAACGUUGAAGACGUUGCCUCAGGGGAUUCCGCAGCCCGGGUGCCAGAUGCCAGGCUGCGGAGGAAUGGCACAGCACUCCAGCGACUGGCCGACCUGAAAAUCGGGAAGCUGAGGCAAAGCCGUAAAACCGCAGCUCCAUCACGAGGGCUGAAACUCCCCUUGAUACAAGGCAGUGGUUCACACGGACAAAGCGCGGUGUGUGAGCUCUCCGCUCUGCCUUGUCACCGAAUCAUGGAGUUAGCCGUGAGGGAUGCAGCCAGCCGGAGCCCACUUCUGGAGCGGCGAGGUAGCACCAGCAGCACCAUCAGCUCGGCCUACACCGUCAGCCGUCGCUCGUCGGCUGUAACUCCUUACCUGCCGAGUCGACGGUCCAGCGAUAGCUCUCUGCUCGGGGGCCGUGCUAACGAUGGCACUUCAUCCGAGUGCUACCCCCCCACGUCGCCUGGCGCUUUGCGGAGAUAUGGCGAGAUGGCAUCGUCUGCCACCUGCCCAGCCCUGCCCAACCUCUCGCCAGCCCAGCUGUACCAUCUCAAAGCCAAGUACGCCGCAGCCACUGGUGGUCCACCACCCACCCCGUUAGUGGCUGCGGAACAGGUGGGCAUGGAUGCCAGGCCCUCACAUGCCAGGGAUCACGCCAACCCUGCCUUGUUCCCACCUGAUGGACUGGAAUGCCCGAACAGUGGAGGAGGAGGGUCCCAUGGCUACAGGGCAGGGGUGCUGAGACCCCCGGAGAUCCCUGGCAUCUGCGAACCUGUUGCUGAGACCCAGUCAGUGCCCAAAGUGCCACGGCUUCACAAUCUCCAUCACAUGCAUCUAGCGGCAGUGGCAAGACAGUGCUGCCAACUACAGCACUCUGCAGGUUCCACCUCCAACCUCCGUGGACACAUCCAUUCCCCUCGGCCACCCAGCAUUACUGAAAACGCCGUCAUGGAGACGCUCGCCAUGGAUACAUCCCAUCCAGCCAGCCUAGGGUUACCUGACGACAUGGCAAUCUAUAGUAACUAUCAGGAGGCCAACAUGGCUCCCUUAAAUCAUGUUUGUCCCAACCAAGCGCCUGGAUCUCACAGCCACAUGGAUUUUCACAACCGGAAUCUCUCUGCUAACUCCAACAGAAACCUGGGAGCCGCACAGAGCUCUUUCAACCAGGGCCCAAUGGCCAGCAACAUGUCACUCCAACAUGACAACGACAGUCAGUGUCCAAUGAAUCAAUACGUCACACAAUUCCUGAACAGGGAAUGUUUGCAGGCAAACAAUAUGCCCAUCCAGUGGAAUGAGGUAAGCUCGGGAAGUAUGGAUAUUGUCCCCAUCGAGAUUCCCAACACCCGCAGUGUCCAGCAAGAUCUAGCCCAUCCCAAUCCAUGCCUGAGGCAGGUCAAUCUGAAUCCGCAAUCAUCCCAUCCACCCAUGACGUUUAACCACAAUCAUUUGGACAUGACCCAAAAUCCCCAGGAUGUGUUGACCUCACACCAGAAGAUGCCCACUGGGUGUCAACAGUCAGUGAAACCGACCUUGUCAUUCCAGCAGUCGGUGCCAAUGUUAAAUCCAUACCAAAACCCAAAGCAGCCAUUGGCAGCCCAGCCAGAUUACAACCAAUCCAGGCAUGCACUGCCCAGUCCACAUGGUAUGAGCCAGGAACACACUGCCAACUCGCGCCAUCCGGACUCUGCUCCAGCCUUAGGCGUGAGGCAUCUUGGCUCCCCAUUGGAUGAAGACAGGUGGACUGGUGCCCACACACCAAUGAUGCAAGUUAAGGAGAUGAUGGUGAGGAACUAUGUCCAGUCCCAGCAAGCUCUCAUAUGGGGCCAACCAGCAAAAGGUGCAAGUGCAGAAACACUGAUGCCCAUCAAUAUGGACAGGCCAGAAAUCAGUCUAUGCCAAACCAUGCACAGCUCUCCUUCAAACAGCUUCCAAACUCAAAGUCCGCCACACAUGGCUUUAAGGUACAUCAACUGCCAAAGUCAACUGAAUUUAUUAAGUCCUUCUACUCCAGUCCAAGCAAAGACGUCAGUCAGUGCAGGGGCUCAGUGUUUCAACUCGAGGAUAGUGCCCCACCCUCCUGCAGCACAGAAGCUUCGAAGCAGACAGUACAGCCUUCCACCCCCCCAGCAGCUGCAGUACUCGCUCGCUCUAACCCACAUGAACCCUGCUCACAAAGCUGCACCUUCUACAAACCCAGGUCGGCCGAUCAGCCAUGCACCAGAGCCUUGUCCUCAAGUGCAGCCGCAAGAUGGUCACUUGUUCUUCUCUGACCUCAAGCAACAAGGCAAGUCUCAGAUGGAAAACCCCAUGCUGAUGCAUUCACCACAAAGCAACUGCGCCCUUCAGCAUCACCCGGUGAUGCCCAGCAUGGAGCCCAUGAAGCUUGACUCAAGAAUGUAUCCAGAGACCAAUCCGAUGUCGAGUCCCAUUGACUCUUUGGACCUGGCUAACACACAGAUUGAUUUUGGAGCAAUUUUGGAUGAGGGACAGCAGCCUUCCUUGGUACCAGACACUUUAAGUCCUAACGUUGUCCACAACCCUUCUCAAGUGUCCUCUUGUCUGAUGGCUCCCUGUAACUCACUCCCAUUGCAAACAGGAAGGUCCAACAUGGCAGUCACUGACAUGAAUUCUAUGCUGACAACACUGGCAGGAGAAAGCAAGUUUCUCAAUACCCUCUCGGAGUGAGAGGGAAAAUCGAAGACGUGUCGAACAGUGACCUCUGGCUGCUGAAAGUACAGAGUGAGAGCAAUUCUUGAUCGCAGUAAAUAUACAACUGUACAUUCACACCUUACCCCUCCGCACAGCCGUGUAGGAUAAAAGCAUUCCAAACCGUUUAAGGCCUCACAAACAUAACCCUGUAACCAAACAGAAUGCAAUUCCCCAACCCAUGGCCAAUUUCAACUUGUGUGCUGGUGCUGAGUAAAUGACGACUAUAAUGUCCCACAGAACAUCCCAGGAUGAAGGACACUUUCAGAUCCUAUCGAAAUGACGCAGACAAAAGAUGAGCACUCAUUCUGUUCCUUCUUGCCAGAUUUUUUAAAGAAAGUAUAUAUUUUUGCAUUUCUACAGAUUGGUGCAACUCAUUUUUUCAGUCCAAAUAUCAAAUCCAAGGUCACAAGCUAAAUCGAGCAGCAAGUAUGCAGUAUUUCAUUAGCACGCUUAGAUUUGACUUGUUAG